GGCCCCCGGCAUGGUGCUCAAGGCCUUCUUCCCCACGUGCUGCGCCUCGGCGGACAGCGGCCUGCUGGUGGGACGCUGGGUCCCAGAGCAGAACAGCGCUGUGGUCCUGGCUGUGCUGCACUUCCCCUUCAUGCCCAUCCAUGUCAAGGAGCUCUUGGCACAGGUGCAGCAGGCCAGCCAGGUAGGCGUGGCCGUGCUGGGCACCUGGUGCCAUGGAUGGCAGGAGCCCAACGAGAGCCUGGGCCCCUUCCUGGAAGGUCUGGGGGCCAUCUUCCCCCAUGAACCCUGGCUGCAGCUGUGUCGGGAGAGGGGCGGUAUACUCUGGAGCUGCAAGGUCACCCGCCUGCAGGCACCCGCAGUCCCUGACACCCCCAGGGAAGACCAGGUCAUGCUCAUCUUCUACGACCAACGCAAGGUGCUGUUGUCCCAGCUGCACCCGCCCGCAGUCCUGCCUGACCACCAGGCUGGGGAUGCCACAGCCAGUGCCAGCGGCCUGGCUGCUGUCUUCGACACAGUGGCGCGCAGUGAGGUGCUCUUCCGCAGCGACUGCUUCGAUGAGGGCCCUGUGCGGCUGAGCCACUGGCAAUCAGAAGGCGUGGAGGCCAGCAUCCUUGUGGAGCUGGCCAAGUGGGCCUCAGGGCCUGUGUGCCUGCUACUGGCUGGCCUGUUGUCACUGAUCUCGGCUGCCAGCACCUGCCGGGUGUUCAGGAUGUGGCCCCUGUCCUUCCUUGGCAGCAAGCUCUCCACGUGUGAACAGCUCCGGUGUCGGCUGGGGCACCUGACACUGGUCUUCAGCCCACAGAAGGCUGAGAGCCCCACCCAGCUGAUGAGGAAGGCCAACACGCUGGUCUCCGUGCUGCUUGACGUGGCCCUCGGCCUGGCACUUCUGUCCUGGCUCCACGGGAAGAACCGGAUUGGGCAGCUGGCCGACGCCCUCAUCCCUGUGGCCGAUCACGUGGCUGAGGAGCUCCAGCAUUUGCUGCAGUGGCUGAUGGGUGUGCCUGCUGGGCUCAAGAUGAACCGUGCACUGGACCAGGUGCUGGGCCGCUUCUUCCUGUACCACAUCCACCUCUGGAUCAGCUACAUCCACCUCAUGUCUCCCUUCAUCGAGCACAUCCUGUGGCAUGUGGGCCUCUCGGCCUGCCUGGGCCUGACGGUCGCCCUGUCCCUCCUAUCGGACAUCAUCGCCCUCCUCACCUUCCACAUCUACUGCUUCUAUGUCUACGGAGCUAGGCUAUACUGCCUGAAGAUCUACGGCCUGUCCUCGCUCUGGCGUCUAUUCCGGGGGAAGAAGUGGAAUGUUCUGCGCCAGCGGGUGGAUUCCUGCUCCUAUGACCUGGACCAGCUGUUCAUCGGAACCCUGCUCUUCACUAUCCUGCUCUUCCUCCUGCCCACCACGGCCCUCUACUACCUGGUGUUCACCCUGCUCCGGCUCCUGGUAGUCGCCGUGCAGGGCCUGCUCCACCUGCUUGUGGACCUCAUCAACUCCCUGCCGCUGUACUCGCUCGGACUUCGGCUCUGCCGGCCCUACAGGCUGGCAGCUGGCGUGAAGUUCUGCGUCCUGGAACACGAGACUGGCAGGCCCCUCCGCCUCCUGAUGCAGAUCAACCCCCUGCCCUACAGCUGUGUGCUGCACACCUACCGCCUCCCCAGUUGUGGCUGCCACCCCAAGCACUCCUGGGGCUCCCUGUGCCGCAAGCUGUUCUUUGGGGAGCUCAUCUACCCCUGGAGGCAGAGGGGGGACAAGCAGGACUGAAGGACAAGCAGGACUGAAGCCACUGACUCGCUCAGCACCACGGCAUGGCCACGAUCAGCCCUGUGCUCUCUGGGGUGGUGUGGACUGCUUACAGGGGCAGUGCACAUUCCGCACUGUGGAUGGAUCCUGUCUGACCAUCAUCCUCUGGGCCUGGUCGUGGGGGUGAGCAGGAUGCAGGGGUGACCAGCCAGGCUGGGUGGUGUGCUCUAUCACCAGCACCACCUGCCUUGGGACAUGCCUCCCAUCUGCUGUGAUCACCACACUGUUAGCCAGAUCUGAGCAGUGACCAGGAAGGCCAUCCACCCCCACUCUCUGCACUCAGACCACCGAAGUUUCCAAUGCUGGUGGGUCUUUCUGGCCAUUCCCCAGUGGCUCCACCCUGGCAGGUGGGGUGGAGGGCCCCUCGCAGGAUGCACUCCAGGGUCCCAGACUCCUGGCUGCAUCAGCAGAUGGUGCCCCCAUCUAGAAGACUGAAGCAGUUCCACCUCUCUCCCAGCCCCAGGGGCAGGGGCAGGGGCCCCCAUGCCCUGAGCCAAUGGUCAUCUGCUGAUGCUGCUUAAGAGACUGCUUUGCGGUGGCCACCAGCAGGCUGUGGGCGUCCCUUUGCUGGAUGCUGCCCACAUGUCCUAGGAGCUACCUUGCUGGAGGCUGAGUGCCCGCACAGCCACCCCCAUUCCUGCCUGGUCAAGUUGUCCUGGUCAAGUUGUCCAUCUCCCUACACGGGCUUCUCUCAGGAGGAUGCCCUCCUUGUAGACACUUCUGCAGCCAGUGGGUGUGAGUAGCCUGGGGAGAUGGCCUUGGCAUUCAGGCCAGAUCUACCUGUCACGGUCUGGGUGUGGGUGUCCAGUCCCGGGGGAAAGCCUGCAGAUAUGGCUGGUAUAGGAAUGUCUGCUGUGGGCAGGAGAGGUGGCAAACCCGGCCAUCUCAGCACUUGGGUCUGUCCUCUACUGCCCACCACAGCCCCUCUUGGCACCCAAGGAGGGUGUUGGCAGGAACCGGGUCUGACCCCGCCUCUCACUGCUGCAACAAUAAAACCUCCCUCAUGUUGACAGUA